AAAAUUUUAUUCAAUCCAUCAAUGAUAAAAGUCUGCUAAAUAUUAUCUUGACAACUUUUUUUUUUAUCAAAUCCGAAAAAAAUGCAAUUGUUCAGAUAAAAAGUCAAGAGACUACCUCACUCGGUUUUUUAUUAACGAAAAAUGAAGAAUAUUUUGCAAAUAAUUUUCCUUCUCUUUGGAACAACAUUUGUAAAAUCUGACGUGGUGCAGGAUUUAUCAGAGAAUGCAAAUCGGGAAAGAGAAAUUGAUUAUGAAAAAUUAUGGCGUCCGGACGAAAAUGAGAAAGAACUUAUCGACAAUGAGGAAAUUAAUUCAAUAUCAAGAAUUAAAAAUUUGGAUAAAAAGAUAACUUUUCGACUCUAUACGAGAGAAACAGGAAGUAAUUAUGAACUAUUGAAGACCAAUGAUAUCGAUAGAUUAAAAGCGAGCCAUUUUAAUCCUAGAAGACCCACGAGAUUUUUCUCACACGGCUGGAGGACUGAGAUAAGUAAAAGAAAUAACUUAAGAGAUAUGAUUCGUGAAGCAUUUUUGGAAAAUGAAAAUAGUAAUCUAAUAAUGAUAACCUGGUAUAAAUUGUCCUUCAAACCGUAUUUUAUACUAAGAAAGAACAUUGACAAAAUGGGUAAAUUUAUUGCUGAAUUUAUUAAUUUUUUGGAAACGGAGGGAAUGAAUCUAAAUAAUACAACUCUCGUUGGUCUCUCGCUUGGCUCACAUGUCGUUGGAGUAACGGGUUAUCAUACAAAACGAAAAGUGAAAAAUAUUAUCGGUUUGGAUCCCGCUUGGUUUCUGUACGACUCCUGCGGUACGAGAUGUCGAAUUUCAACGGAAUCGGGCAAAAAUGUGGAGAUUCUGCACACAAAUGAUAGAAUAAUAGGAAAUCCAAAUCAACUGGGACAUUUGGAUUUCUAUCCAAAUGGCGGAAGAAAGCAGCCGGGUUGUAUUUUUGAUAUAUUUGGACUUUGCUCACAUCAUAGAGCACUUCUCUACUAUUUAGAAUCUCUAACAACGAAACGUGGUUUUUAUGGAAUGCAAUGCAAUUCCUAUAAACACUUUCAGUCGGGCGAAUGUAAAGGACAAACGGAAAUUAUGGGCGGCGUUGAACUUUCAUUCAAGAAACGGGGCUCUUACUAUUUGACGACAAAUUCACGAAAGCCCUAUGCCAAAGGGGAGAUAAAUAAGAAGAAUUUAAAUUAAUUUAAAAAUAAAUUCACCUUCCAAUUAUCAAAUAAUAUAAAUAUUUAUCAUUAAUUUAUACCGACAAAAAUUAUUCAUUAAAUAUCUAUGACAGAAAUAUAUUAAUUUAUCAUAAUUUAUAAUAAUAAUAUUUAAAAUAUUUAAAUUCAUGAAUAAUUAUGUAAUAAUUAAUGAUCUAUUAAUUAAUUUCCUAACGCAGAUGUAACAUAUUUUAUUUAUCCAACUAAAUUGGAAACUAUCGAGAGAAAUAAAAAAAAAAGUAAAUUAAA